AUGAAGGAAAGCUCAAGGGAUGGCCCUGUUUCUGGUGGUUCUGAUGGAGGCUCCCAAGCCCAAUGGGAGAUGCAGGGUACCUCUUUCUACAGCCUUUUCACAGCCAGCAAAGCCUUCCUGGGGGGGCCGGGCGAGGGCCCCCCCUGCAGCACCAGCCUGGGGUGGGCAGGCGAGGGGCUGGGGACUAGCGGCAAGAACCGGCGUGUGUGUCACGCUGCGGCACGGCUGGAGAUGGGCAGCCUCUGGGAGGAGUUCAACCGCCUGGGCACCGAGAUGAUUGUCACCAAAGCAGGCAGGAGGAUGUUCCCCACCUUCCAGGUGAAGCUGUCGGGGCUGGACCCAUUGGCCGACUACGUCCUGCUCAUGGACUUCAUCCCACUGGAUGACAAGAGAUACAGAUAUGCCUUUCACAGCUCCUCCUGGCUGGCGGCAGGACGGGCUGACCCCGCAGCCCCCGGCCGCGUCCACUUUCACCCCGACUCCCCAGCCAAGGGGGCCCAGUGGAUGCGGCAGAUCGUCUCCUUUGACAAGCUCAAGUUGACCAACAACCUCCUGGACGACAACGGCCAUGUGAGGACCCAGCCCUGGGGUGGGCACAAUGUACCCCCUGUAUAG